UUUCAUACACAUUGAACAUAACCUUAAACAACAUGUUGCGAAUUUUGCGAGGAAUUUCCUUUUGUCGUUUUGCAUGGAUUUCCCAGCAAUCUCGAGGAUUUUGCAGCAAAAAGAUACCGGAGGAAGUGAAUCAAGCACUACCAGGAGCUGUUUCGAGGAGGUAUCAAGUAUUCGAUGAGAAUCAAUCACCGACAAUCUUUGAUGUUGAGGAAGAACGAGCCAGGGUGCUGGAAGAAGAGGAAAUGGAGAUUACAGGACCAGAUCCCUAUGAAGGAAUCGAUUUGUCCAGAGGUAAAACGGGAGUGUUUGAGAUUGAAGAUCUCGUUGAACUUCUCAGGAAGGAGAAAGGCAAGGAUAUAUUCGUUUGCCAGCUAUCACCGGAACUGAAGUACGUAGAUUACCUGUGUGUAGCCACGGCUCUCAGUACAAGACACAUGCGAGGUUUGGCGGAGUUUGUGCGGAAAGUGUACAAAAUGAAGCGCUAUCCGGAGGAUAAAAUCCCAAAGAUUGAAGGAGAAACCUGCCGGGAUUGGAUUGCAAUGGACAUGGGGAAUAUUGCAUUGCACAUCUUUUCAGCUCAAGCAAGGAAGCUGUAUGAUUUGGAAUCCCUGUGGACACUGGGACCGGAAUAUGAUGCAGAAUGCAACAAACCCAUUGAUCCACAGCACUUCCACCUCAUGCAGCUACUUGGGCAGAAUACGACAAAUCUUGGCGUCAGCAAGUAAUUUUUUUUUGCAUCCUUGGUCAAAUGACUUCCCCGUGGGAAAUGUCACGGUCCCCCGGAUAGUCGGAGUAACUUCCUUAUGGUCGUCUCUCCAUACGCCACAGAUUUGACCAGAAGAUGCACAAUAAUAUGUUAGCUAUUAAAGAGAUUAAAUUUUAUGCGGAGA